UUCCCUUCUCAGUCUCUGAGGCAAGGGCCCUGGGGUCAGCACAGCACCACCCUGUGCCCCUGGUUUCUCCUCUCUGGAGUACCUUCCUUCCUCGCUGGUCUGGGAAUUGAGGGCGGGGUUGGCCUGAGCCCCGCCCCUGUCUCCCAUCCAAUCACAGUCCCCCCCUUUCGGGGGCUGGGCCGAAGGGCUGCACUCCAAGCUGCUAGCUCUGGCACUAGGCUCCCGGCGAGGGAUGAUGUGCUGCUGCUGUUACUGCUGCUGCCGCCGCUGCUGCUGUCGCCACCGCUGGCAACCACCCUGUGCACUGGGGCUGUUGCUGCUGCUGCCCCUUGUCCUUGUAUGUCCCCUGGCAGCAGCCACAGUAGGCCCAGGCCGCUGUGACACCAUAUACCAGGGCUUCGCCAAGUGUCUCAUCCGCUUGGGGGACGGCAUGGGCAGCGGAGGCGAGCUGGAGACUGUCUGCAGGUCUUGGAAUGACUUUCACACCUGUGCCUCACAAGUCCUAUUGGGCUGCCCAGAGGAGGCAGCUGCCGUGUGGGAGUCACUACAGCAAGAAGCACGCCGGGCCCCACACCCAGACAACUUGCAUGCUUUGUGUGGCACCCCUGUGCGUGUUCAGGAGCGGGGCGCGGGUCCGGAGACCAACCAGGAGACACUGAGGGCAACAGCGCCUGCACCACCCACCCCAACGCCCACACCCCCACUGCUGGCAGCUGCUCUGGUGCUUGCCUGCCUCCUGGGACCUCUGGCCUAGCCAGUCUGGUCAGGUAGUAGCACCCCCUCCUCCUACCCAGCUCGGGUGGCUGCUGUCGGGGCUCCUCAGAGCACUCUCGGCUUUCAUUAAAGGUAUUUAUAUUUGUAUUAAGCUCCUUCUUUUCUUCCUGCUGUGCCUGCUUGCCUGGGGUGGAGGCCUCGAGAAGCUGAUCCCCAGGAUGAGAUGGGCGGGGCUGAAAGCCUUCACAGGGGACUCUGUCUUUCUCCUCACAAACACUCAUUUCCCAGGGGCAGUGCAAAGCUUUCCACUGCCAGCAAGUUCCAAGAGUUUUGGUGGUGACCCAAGAUGUGCGGGAAUGUACAUCUUUCUCUGUCCUCCCAGGCACCUGGCACUCCUAGCCCUACCUGCCCCUCCUUUCCUGGCUCCUAGCACCAUGUGAGGUACAUGUACAUUGUCCCCACUCGCAGAUUCAUUCCAGCCUCCAGGCUCUUGACCAUCUCAUCUCCUUCUCCUGCUGAACUACCAUCUUAGCCUUCAAGACCCAAUUCAGAUUAAGUACCCUUUCCUUCUAUGGGGUCCUGGUUUUCUACAAGGUGGGGAGCCCCUGUUGGAGUCUACAUUCAAGUCUCUGAGAUGACCUGGGGCUGCAAACACUAGGGUCACAGUGAGGGUUCCUCUGGCCUCUGAUCUCCACUAACUUGUGACUUGAGAAGAGGUGGGCAAUGUGAGGUCUAAACAAUCCCAGAAGACUUUCUGGAAGCACAGAUGAGCAUAUGAUGUGUGAGGAGCCCCUGUUCAUCCUGGUGGAGAGGAAGAACAAGAAUUGGCUGGGCAGAAUCCUGAGGGAAGGAGGAGGCCUCAGACGGUGAGACUCUCUUUUGAUCAAUCCUCUUCCACUGCCAGGACCCUCGUCCAAGCUACCUCCCCAGGACCUGUGUAGGCACUGCCAUGGCCUCUUCACUGGCUUCUACUCUCACUCUCCCAUUUCAUUCUCCAUUUUCUAAAUAAAAAAACUGAUCCUGAUAUUAAACUUCUUUUCAUAGUCUACAAGGCCUAUAUAAGCCAGCUGGUUUUAGAUGUAGGAUAGUUUAUUCAGUCUACUCCAUCACCGCCCCUCCAGCAGCACAGAGGAAUCAUCUACCUACUCAGUCCUUGGGGUAAGGGGAGGUUUCAGAGAAGGAGAAUGAUAGAGGGUGAUAGGAGGUAAAGAUGCUAGACUUAGCAAUGAUGGAAAAGUGGGGCUGAGUUAGAGAGAGGCCCAAGGAAUCAGGCGUAGGGGGAGGAGGGGUUCUGGAGUCCAGAACUAAGACUUGCACUAGAGUCUAUACUGGGAGGGUGUUGCCCCCAAGACAGAAUCAGGCCUGAUGGGACCCUUGUUUAGGCUCCAGUGUGACAGGUGCCUCCAGAGACCUCCACUCACUCACGCAGGAGCCCUAUUCCAUCAGUGCUUCCCAGGCACCCUCCCAUUCCUGUUAGCUAAGAUGCCUCAGGUAACUCACUGCUCUGUCUUUGCUCCUGUGCGUCAUUUACCCAUUCUUUUCCUCCCACUUCUCUCUCCCAACCAUUCCUUACCUAUCUUCUCACAUCACCUGAAGGAGAAAGUUUAGGGGAAAAAAAUCCCUCCCAGAUCUGCCCCCUUUGAUCACCAAUAUCUUCCAGAAGGAAAGGCCAGCCUCCUAUUCCUCUGGGGCUUUGUGCUCAGAAUAUCCUUCCCCGUUUCCUCCUGGUGAACUCCUACCUCUUGUUCUGUAUCACCUCCUCCCUAACCCUGCCUCCAAGCUGAGUCAGACGCCUCCUACAGCUCCACACAGUUCCUGGGCUUUCUUCUGUCUCAGUACUCAUAGCAGUGGCUCACUGGCCCGUUAGUGUCUGGGUCCAGGUUUGAAUGCCCUACUGUGGAUUCCCCAAGGGUCCUCUUUGUAUCUCUAGCACCCAACCUAGGGAUGAGUAUAAUAAGUGCAUUUGUGAGAGUGUGUGGAAUGAAAAAAUAGAAUCUCUAGUCUUGCACAAAAAGUUUUAUAGUCAGCAAGAGCUUGGACUGAGAAUGACUUCAGAAUGGAGGAUGUGUCUUCUUGGGGCAGCCUCCUUAACCUGGGCUUACUGUUGGGAAGGGUGGUGCUGGGGCUCCAAACCCCAAAAGUCUUCCCAGAGCCACUCUUGGUGGGUGACCAGGAGCAGCCCGCUUGCAGCAGCAGGGGCUGCAUUGGCCAGCCAUCAGGGGGAUUACCAUCCUCCUGCUGUGACCUACUUUCCCCUGGUUUUUGCUCCCUAAGUCCCUGCUCUUCCCUGGAAUUGAGUGACCUGGAGUGUGUGCGUGGGGGUGGGGCUGGGGAUAGAAUCUGCUUUCUGGCCAGGGGCUUAAGAGCUUUGUGUGUUUUAUCCCAGAGCUGGAGGAAAGGGGUGGGCUGAUAGCCAAAUGGACUGAGCCCUAGACACAGCUGCCCAGGCCGGAGCAUCAUGGUAAUGGCGCUUAUCACAUUUGCAGCUCUGCAACAUGGAAUAGCUUAUUGUUCAGAGGAGGGUCUGGGGGCUGAAUAUCCUAAGCCCAGUCCCCUCUGCAUCAAUAUACAUCUUCAUCUCAGGGCACCAUGUUUUUCACCAGAGCACAGACCAGCACCUGCCCAUAGCAAGGAGUCAAUAUUGAAGUGAAUUAUUGAAUUAAUUUGCCAAAUGUAAAAUAGAGGUGUUGUGCGGCUUUCUAACCUCUCUCAACCUUGGAAUUCUAUAUUAUUUUCAACACUUACAAUUACUGAAGUCGAUUAUGAUGCCUAUUAUAUAGAGGCUUAAAAAAUACUAGGCUUAAGGAGGGGAGAUGUUAAGCUUACACGAUUGUGUGUCAGAGGUGUGAUAUGAUCCCAAGUUUAUUUGGUCCCUAAGUCCCUUCCCUUAAUCAUCAUACUAAACAUGUGGAAGUAACUUUUUUUUUCUUCACAGCCACACCUGCGGCAUAUGGAAAUUCCUGGGCUAGAGGUUGAAAGGGAGCUGAAGCUGCCUGUCUACGCCACAGCCAUGGCAACAUCAGA